AUGGUUGUCGAUGUUCAAUACCAGCAUUUGAUUGCCUGGAACUAUACCGGCUCUUCAUUUAUCGUCUGUAACAUCAUGGAAUUUUCUCGUGAUGUACUUCCCAAGCACUUUAAGCACAACAACUUCUCUUCGUUUGUUCGUCAGCUGAAUAUGUAUGGUUUUCACAAGGUCAACAAAAGUCCGCGCGGUCAUCGAACUCUCGCAGAAAAUCAGAUCUGGGAGUUCAGUCACCCGAAAUUCUUACGAGGACGACCUGAUAUGCUUGACGACAUUAAACGAAAAGCCAUGGAGAAUGAUUCAAUGCGUAGAGAUAAUGGCGAUUUGUCAACUCAUAUGGCCAUGAUGCAAGUUGCUCAAUCGGAUAUGCUGCAGCAACUGGCCCAAUUGCAAGAAAAUUUCUCUGAAGUAGUGCGGGAACUGGCUGAGACCAAGCGAAAACAGGGUCUGCAGCAACAACAAAUGAAAAGUAUGAUGAAUGUUAUUCAACAACAUAGCGGUAGUCAAAUUGAAAUACCACCUGAGCUCAAUUUUGAGAACUUUGAACUUAAGGCCGAUCCCGAACGACCACCUCCUAUUUUUAUAACAUCGCCCGACUCUCAACCGACAGGAAACAUGCUUCAGAACUUGUACUUCAACUCGAUACCUUCCGAUAGCCACUCCUCAUCCUCACUUUCACAUCAUACACCACAGCGGCCAAGUACACCAUUGACUGUACAAACCCACAAUCUUGUUCGGUCACCGCAUCAUCACAAUGCUAAUCUUAAUAUCACCAUACCGUCCAACUUUAUGAUGAAUGAUAUGCAAUCCAACAACAUCUCACCCAAUUCGCUGAGUGCUUACCACAAUACCAAUACCCUACCACCGAGUCCUAGCCCGAGCUCACUUAUGUCAGACGAUGAUGCUAGCUCAUUGUAUAGUCCACAUAGCCCGCAUACUCCGAGCAACCCGACCGCAGAGUCAUCGUCGUCUUCAUCGGAUUAUCGUCAAUCCAAUGAUCCGUCUUCGCUUCAUCCUAUGCAUCAUUCUGGCCAAUUCUCAUUUUCUCUUUCUCAUAACAUGAGCUAA